AGUGGGACUCAGACAGACAGCAGACCGGCUGUCCCAAGCUGCGCUGAUCCUUCACUCUCCGGCAGCGAGCUGAGGUCCGCCUGCUGCCUUCCCUUUAUCACCGGCCACCUGCCCCUCCGAGAAUAACACAGCGGCAUCAAACAUCUCAGAGUUCACCCAAAGCAAGGAGGCGAGAGGAGAAGCUGACCGGCUUCUUAAGGCAUCUUUCCGGCUUCCAUCAACCCCCCCUUCCCACCCACCUUUCUCCUCCUGUCCUGUGGGAGGACAGGCUGCGCGCAGGGCGCACUUGGCGACCCGGGUUUGUUGUCGUUACCAGGAGAGGAGCCCACAGCGACCACAGCCUCAGCUGCUCCGGCACUCAUUAAACCGGGCUGCCCCUCUCAGAGGAGCCACUUGCAUGGAUGCACCAUGGCCACGUUUGUCAGCAGGGUUCAGUUUUUAGAUGACACCGAUCCGUUCAACAGCACCAAUUUCCCAGAACCGACUAGACCACCGCUUUACACCUUCAGAGAGGAUAUCCCCCUCAUCAACCAGCUAGCAGGCAUACACAGGCUGCUCAAAGCUCCACACAAGCUUGAUGACUGCACGUUGCAGCUCUCCCACAAUGGCACCUAUCUGGACCUGGAGUCCUCUCUGGCUGAGCAAAGGGACGAGUUGGAGGGCUUUCAGCAGGACGACACAGGGUCCAGGGUGAAGAAGCACAGUGUUGUUCUACGGACCCAGCUGACCGUCCGUGUACACGCCUGCAUCGAAAGACUAUAUAACUCCAAUGGACGGGACUUGAGGCGGGCUCUGUUCUCUCUAAAACAAAUAUUUCAGGAUGACAAAGACCUGGUCCAUGAGUUUGUGAUGGCUGAAGGUCUAACAUGUCUCAUCAAGGUGGGAGCUGAAGCUGACCAAAACUACCAGAACUACAUAUUGAGAGCCCUGGGGCAGAUCAUGCUGUACGUAGACGGGAUGAACGGAGUCAUCGGACAUGUCGAGACAAUCCAGUGGCUCUACACUCUUGUUGGCUCAAAGUUCCGUCUGGUGGUGAAAACAGCUCUGAAGCUGUUGCUGGUGUUUGUCGAGUACUCUGAGUCAAACGCUCCUCUGCUGAUAGAAGCCAUCACCUCUGUGGACACCAAGACAGGCUGCAAGCCGUGGUCCAACACUAUGGAGAUCUUACAUGAGAAGGACGGAGUGGACACAGAACUGCUGGUCUAUGCCAUGACCCUCAUUAAUAAGACACUUGCAGCACUGCCUGACCAGGAUUCAUUCUAUGACAUGGUGGACGGUCUGGAGGAGCAGGGCAUGGAGACAGUGACACAGAGACACCUGGGGAGGAAAGGCACUGAUCUGGACUUGGUAGAGCAGCUCAACAUCUAUGAGAUGACCCUACGGCAUGAAGACGGCGACGAUGACAGCCAGCCUCCACCAACAGGACGCCGGGACCGCCGUCGAGUCAGCACGGGGUGUGGGGACAAGAAACGUGGCUUGGAGAGGAGGCGGAGCCGCAGGGCCUCUCAUGGGAGGUCUGGUCAGGCAUCUCCCUGCAGCCCUGCAUCCCCUCAGAGAUCCAACUUCCAGCCAUUUAAUGGACAGAGAGCUGAGGACAUGAGCGAGAGCACGGCUACACACCUACCAUCCAUAAUCCACCGAACAACUGUCCAGUCCAUCACUAUCACAUCCAGAAAGGAGAGUAUAAAAGAGGAGGAGCAGAGGAAUCGGACUGAACCCCCUCCACCACCCGCCCUCCACCCCCCUCCUACCCCCACCUCCUCCUCUCUCAGCCCCCCGGCCCAGCCCUCCCUGCUGGCCUCCCUGCUGGCCAGGAAGAGGUCCAUCGUCACCGUUCCGGCUGCUAAAGAGGUCAGCCCACCUUCCCGUGGCAGCAACCGUCCCUCUCCUGACCGCCUGCCCUACCUGCCACACUCACCCUUCCACCUCUUCUCCUACGACCUCGAUGAGGAGCCAUCGCCCCCGGCUCCGGCCAAACCCAGUGAGGAGUCACCCAAAACAACAUCUCUCAGGAAUGGAGGUGUCAUGUCUUUCUCCUCUCUCAGCAGUCCAAGUACGCCCACCAGCCCCAGGCCGGCUCUGGGUGGACUUCUGUCAUCCUCAUACAGACAACACCAGGAAUCUCUGGCGGCUGAGCGAGAGCGCCGCCGCUUGGAGAGAGAGGAGAGAUUGCAGAGGAUAGAAAGAGAGGAGAGGAACAAGCACAGCCGCGACUUUGUGGAUAAAAUGGAAGAGGCCAGGCAUGCGCGGGAGGAGAGAUAUAAGAACGUUGAGCGUCUUGCAGCUGAAGAGUAUGAAAAGGAGCGCGUCCGGGUGUCAAGGACUCGCCCCGAUCUCAACCUGAACUUUGAACCCUCGGAGGCCUGGCCCUCGUCUUCCCGUAGCAGCAGCCCGUCCUCCUUUGCUUCCCAGGACGACACAGAGGCUGACCUCGAACCUGAGGCUCCCGCCACUGCUUCCCCGCCUUCUGAGACAGGAGAGGCAGACGACUUCAGUGCCUGUGUAGAAACAGAGGAAAAAGAGGCCACCGCUGCAGACGAAGAGGAACAGAAAGAGGAGGAAGAACAGGCAGAGGAGGAAGCACAGGAAGUAGAGGAGGAGGCACAGGAGGAAGCGGUGGUAGAAAAGGAGGAGGAAAGCGAAAAGGAGUGUGAGCAGGAAAAGGAGAAGGAGGCAGAGGAGGCAGAGGAGGACAGUGGCAUCCUGAGCGAUAAGGAACGACAGAAUGAAGAGGUGAACGAGAAAGACAACUGCUCGGCCUCCAGUAUCUCCUCUGCCAGCAGCACUCUGGAAAGAGAGGAGAGGGGGAGCAGCGAGAAUGGCCUUAAGGAGGCAGACGUGAAUGAGCACAGCAGCAAACUCCUCAACAGCAAGCUGUUCAUGCUGGACAUGCUCUACUCUCAGAACAAGAAGCCCAGUGAUGAGAAGGAUGAAGAAGAAGAUGCAGAGAAGGAGAAAGACAAAGACAAAGGAGAGGGGGAGGACAAAGACGUGCAGGAGGAUGCUGAAGGAGAGCAGGGUGCUGAGCAGGAGGGCAACAACAAGGACGACAAAUCCGAUCCCCGUGGGACCAUCCGACCGUUUGCUGAGCGGUUUGGAGACUUGAUUAAGGACCUGAAUUCACCACAUCCUCACCUGGAUGUCCCAGCCAAUGAGCCCCCGCCUCCCCCACCCAAAAAAGAAUCAGACACAAUCUGGGACCAGCUCCUGGCCAGCCCUCGAGAGCUGCGCAUUGGGGACAUCAACUUCACUGACCUGACAGAGGACGAUGACAAAGACAUUCUGGAUGCUGUUCUGAUAGGAGGCUGUAGCGACCUCCCACCCCCUCCGCCCCCUCCGCCCUGUAUCCCACGCUUCCCACCACCCCCACCCAUGCUAGGCAGCUGCCCCCCACCGCCUCCCUUGAUCGGGAUUAUGAGGGCCCCCCCUCCUCCCUUAUUCAACGCUCAAGUUCCAGUGCCUCCUCCACCGGAGCCGCCUCUCUUUAACAAGAAGAAGAAAACAAUCAGACUCUUCUGGAGCGAGGUGCAUCCUACAGACCCUCAGUAUAGGGACUAUAAGCGGAGCGGAGAUUCGCUUUGGUCCAAACUGGAUCCAGUAAAGUUGGACACAGCCAAGCUGGAGCACCUGUUCGAGUCCAAAUCAAAGGAAAUUGCAGUUACAAAGAAAACAGCAGCAGACGGGAAACGCCAGGAGAUCAUCGUUUUGGAUUCCAAGAGGAGUAACGCCAUAAACAUCGGUCUCACGGUGCUGCCUCCUCCUCGCACUAUAAAGACAGCCAUCCUUAACUUUGACGAGUACGCACUCAACAAGGAGGGCAUCGAGAAAAUCCUGACGAUGACCCCCACAGAAGAGGAGAAGCAGAGGAUCCAGGAGGCCCAGCUGGCAAACCCUGAUCUCCCGCUUGGCUCAGCUGAGCAGUUCCUCCUCACUCUGUCCUCCAUCAGCGAGCUCACUGCUAGACUUCAGCUCUGGGCCUUCAAGAUGGACUACGAGGCAACCGAGAAGGAAGUAGCAGAGCCAUUGCAGGAUCUAAAAGAAGGAAUGGAGCAGCUGGAGAAGAACAAAACUCUGCGUUACAUCCUCUCCACACUGCUCUCUAUCGGGAACUUCCUCAAUGGCAGCAAUGCCAAAGGCUUCGAGAUGACAUAUUUGGAGAAAGUUCCAGAGGUGAAGGACACGGUUCAUAAGCAGUCUCUGCUGCAUCACGUCUGCUCUGUGGUGGUGGAGAACUUCCCUCAGAGCACCGACCUCUACUCUGAGAUAGGAGCCAUCACACGAUCUGCAAAGGUGGAUUUCGACCAGCUGCAAGAAAACCUCUGUCUGAUGGAGCGACGCUGCAAAGCCUCAUGGGACCACCUGAAGGUGAUUGCCAAGCAUGAGAUGAAACCUCAGCUGAAGCAGAGGAUGUCUGACUUUCUCAAAGACUGUGCAGAGAGGAUCAUCAUCCUCAAGAUUGUUCACAGAAGGAUCAUCAACAGGUUCCAUUCGUUCCUGUUGUACCUCGGUCACCCCGCCUACAGUGUGAGAGAGAUCAGCGUCCACAGGUUCAGUAAAAUCCUAAGCGAAUUUGCACUGGAGUAUCGAACCACCCGAGACCGCGUGCUGCAGCAGAAACAGAAACGAGCCGACCACCGUGAACGUAACAAGACCCGAGGAAAGAUGAUCAUUGACGUCAAUGCUCCUUGUGCUCGUUAUGGCUCCAGCAGCAGCAACAGCGCCCCUAGUGGUAGCCAGGAGAGCGAGCAGCCUCAGGGUCUGGGUCACUCUGAGGACGCAGCAGAGCACGAGAACAUGAAAGCAGUGCUGAGAACCAGCCUCAGCGGUGGAGACAAGGAGGCCAGCGGAGUACCUGGACUUAGGACACGAACAAGAUCAAGGCCUGGACGAGGAGGCCGCACUGUGCAGGCAUGGACGCCACCCGUGGAGGACACUCAGAUCUGUGGAGACGACGCUGCAGAUGAGAUCAUGGAGCGUAUUGUGAGGUCAGCCACUCAGGGUCCAGGAACCAGAGCCCAGCCCCGAGAAAGGAGGAGGUCCAGGGCCAACCGAAAGUCAUUGAGGCGAACUCUGAAGAACGGUCUGACCCCAGAAGAAGCUCUCGCUUUAGGACUUUCUGAUUCACCUGACCCACCAAUGUGAUCAACAAACCACCAGCUUGUCCUCGAUGUCGUGAAAACACACCCACAAUCGUAAAAGCUGCACCUCUGCUGCAGCCUUCCGCCUUUGCCACACGUUACAGAGUGGGACUCCACCAGUUACAAACUCAAUUAGGUUUCUGCCCGCUGCUUAAUUUGCCCGAUGCAUCUGAGUGAUGAAGCUGCAGCCAUAACGUGUUUUAAAUGCAACACAAAGCAAAAGAGGAAUUCAAGAAAGAGAAUGGGUUGAAUAGGAAAGAAAUUAAAUUUGGUGACGCCGCAACUGAACUGCAGUGAAACAUUUAUUUAUCUGAACAUAUAUUUAAAUUCUUUGCAUUAGGCCAAAGGGAUCAUUUUGGCUUGUGAUUUUCUGCAGCUGUGACUUCACCAUUUUUCAUUUAUUUAAGCUGUGAAUUUCAGUUUCAAAGAUUAACAGGCUGAAAGGGCAGUUUCAUUUGAUCUCUCAUUUUUCUUUGAAGUAUGGCAAGAGAUCAGCUCAAACAAAGAGGCUUACUGAGAAUAAUCCUUUUGUAAAAAGGCAAAUGUUUGCUUCUGCAACUGCACGUUUGACAAGUGAUGAGUGUACUUGUAUAGUAGGAAAGUGAAAGGUUAUCAUUCUGAUGUGUGCCUUUCAUUCAAAAGGGACAACACUGUACCUUUAUGCCAUCUCCUUCUAUUGCUCUAUGCCCCUACUUCUAAGAUAGCUCACAAACGUCACAUUUACAGCCGUCAUUAUGUUCAUAUGAUUGUCAACUAUCAGUAGCUUUGGGGAAAAUGUUUGUCAGUAUUUAUUUGCAAAGCUCAGACAUCUUGCACCUUACUCACCAUUAAACGUUUCUCAAACUGAUUAAAAAAACAGAAAAAAUAUGUUUUAAUUUUUUGUAAAGUGUAAAAAAAAGAUGGAGGCAUUUUUUUUAAAUUUAAUCUAUUUUGAAGGACAUGCAGAAACUUCUGCAGAAAAUGUGUAAAUGCCCUUUUCAGCUGCCAGGUACUAAGUUCUGUAGUACUUCAAUGUGCAUGUUCAGUGCGGUUUAUGUGAUGUAUUAUUUUUGUAAUUUCUGUAGAAACUUGUAUUAUAGUCUGAGAGGACGAAUGCUGCUCUGUGAAUUGUAAUAAAAGAUAAAAGAAAUAAAAAAUAUGUUCCGAGUUGAAAUAUGAGUUUUCAAACUUUCUCUGCGCUCAGAAUGAGCACAUUAACUGGACUUUGUCUUUUGAACUCUUUGUAUGAACUUGAACAGGUUGUGGAUCAUUGAAGUCUAAGCUAAAUCAUGUGCUCCCCUCACAGUUCAACAAAAACUGGGAAAUAAACCUGCAUAAAUAUCAUGCAGUGAGCUGCACAUGAAACCAUGGUUACAACACUUUCACUUGAAAUGCUGUGUAUACACAUUCUGCAAUAAAAAAAUGAAACCAGUGAGUGAAAGUU